GCAGAAGGUCUUCGGGGGACCCCAGGCUUGUGAGCAGGGGCCGCCGUGGGUUAUGCUGGAGGGGCUGACAGCCGACAGUCACAUCCACACCGCGCCAUGGGGGAUUCGCAGGAGGAUUACGAGGAGGGGCUGGAGGAGAUUCUAGAACAGGAGGAAUAUGAAGACCCAGGAGCACCUGUGCCCCAGAUGGAGGAGCCAGAAGCUCAUCCCACCGAGUCAACAGCCACAGACUAUCAAACUACAUCACACUCGGGCACCCACGAGCUCUAUGUGGAGCUACAGGAGCUGGUGAUGGAUGAGAAGAACCUGGAGCUGUGCUGGAUGGAGGCAGCACGCUGGGUGCGGCUGGAGGAGAACCUGGGGGAGAGCGGGGCCUGGGGCCGCCCGCACCUGUCCUACCUCACCUUCUGGAGCCUCCUGGAGCUACAGAGAGCCUUUGCCAAGGGUUCUGUCCUGCUGGACCUGCCGGAGACCUCCCUGGCCGGGGUGGCCAACCAGCUGCUGGACACGUUCAUCUACGAGGAGCAGAUCCGGCCCCAGGAUCGAGAUGAGCUGCUGCGGGUCCUGCUGCUCAAACACAGCCACGCCGGAGACCUCGGGGCCCUGGGGAGCGUGAAGCCCGCGGUCCUGAUGCGUUCUGGGGAGCCCUCACAGCCUCUGCUCCCCCAAGCCCCUUCGCUGGAGACACAGCUCUUCUGUGAACAGGGAGAGGGGGGCACAGAAGGGUGCUCACCAUCUGGAAUUCUGGAGAAGAUCCCCCCGGAUUCAGAGGCCACCCUGAUACUAGUGGGCCGCGCCGCCUUCCUGGAGCGCCCGGUGCUGGGCUUCGUGAGGCUGCGGGAGGCCAUGGAGCUGGAGGCCCUGGAGCUGCCGGUGCCUGUGCGCUUCCUCCUCGUGGUGCUGGGGCCCGAGAGACCCAGCACCAACUACACCCAGCUGGGGCGGGCGGCUGCCACCCUCAUGUCAGAGAGGGUGUUCCGCACGGAGGCCUACCUGGCCCAGAGCAGGGGAGAGCUGGUGCAGUCCCUGGAGGGCUUCCUGGACUGCAGUCUGGUGCUGCCUCCCACGGACGCCCCCUCCGAGCAAGCCCUGCUCAGCCUGGUGCCCGUGCAGCGGGAGCUGCUGCGGAGACGCUACCUGCCCAGCCCCGCCAAGCCCGACCCUAGCUUCUACAAGGGUCUAGACUUGAAUGGGGGUCCAGGGGUCCCCGGUGGCCCAGAUGACCCUCUGCAGCGGACAGGCAAUCUCUUUGGGGGCCUGGUACGUGACAUCCGGCGCCGUUACCCCCGCUAUUUGAGUGACAUCACGGACGCACUCAGCCCCCAGGUCCUGGCUGCCGUCAUCUUCAUCUACUUUGCUGCCCUGUCGCCGGCCAUCACCUUCGGCGGCCUCCUGGGAGAGAAGACCCGGAACCUGAUGGGGGUGUCGGAGCUGCUCAUCUCCACCGCCGUGCAGGGCAUUCUCUUCUCCCUGCUGGGGGCACAGCCCCUCCUCGUGGUCGGCUUCUCGGGGCCCCUGCUCGUGUUUGAGGAAGCCUUCUUUUCGUUCUGCGAGAGUAACAAACUGGAGUACAUCGUGGGCCGCGUGUGGAUCGGCUUCUGGCUCAUCCUGCUGGUGGUGCUGGUGGUGGCCUUUGAGGGCAGCUUCCUGGUCCGCUUCAUCUCCCGCUACACCCAGGAAAUCUUCUCCUUCCUCAUCUCCCUCAUCUUCAUCUUUGAGACCUUCACCAAGCUGAUCAAGAUCUUCCAGGACCACCCGCUGCAAAAACAUUACGAGCACAAUGUCACAGUCAUACCCAAGCCCCAGUCCCCCCUGCCCAACACGGCUCUGCUCUCCCUUGUGCUCAUGGCCGGGACCUUCUUCUUAGCGAUGACGCUGCGCAAGUUCAAGAACAGCUCCUACUUUCCCGGCAAGCUGCGACGUGUCAUCGGGGACUUUGGGGUUCCCAUCUCCAUCCUCAUCAUGGUUGUGGUGGACUCCUUCAUCCAGGACACAUACACGCAGAAACUCAGCGUGCCCGAAGGCCUCACUGUGUCCAACCCCUCGGCCCGGGGCUGGGUCAUUCACCCCCUGGGCUUGUACACCCCGUUCCCCAUCUGGAUGAUGUUUGCCUCGGCCCUGCCCGCCCUGCUCGUCUUCAUUCUCAUCUUCCUCGAGUCCCAGAUCACCACGCUGAUUGUCAGCAAACCGGAGCGCAAGAUGGUCAAGGGCUCCGGCUUCCACCUGGACCUGUUGCUGGUCAUGGGCAUGGGCGGGAUAGCUGCCCUCUUUGGCAUGCCCUGGCUCAGUGCCACCACUGUGCGGUCUGUCACCCAUGCCAAUGCCCUCACGGUCAUGGGCAAGGCCAGCACCCCAGGGGCCGCAGCCCAGAUCCAGGAGGUCAAGGAACAGAGGAUCAGCGGCCUCCUGGUCUCCGUGCUCGUGGGCCUGUCCAUCCUCAUGGGACCCAUCCUGUCCCGCAUCCCCCUGGCUGUGCUGUUUGGCAUCUUUCUCUACAUGGGGGUCACCUCCCUCAGCGGCAUCCAGCUCUUCGACCGCAUCUUGCUUCUGCUCAAGCCGCCCAAGCACCACCCAGAUGUGCCCUACGUCAAGCGGGUGAAGACCUGGCGCAUGCACAUGUUCACGGCCAUCCAGAUCGUCUGCCUGGCGGUGCUGUGGGCGGCCAAGUCCAGCCCCACCACCUCGCUGGCCCUGCCCUUCAUCCUCAUCCUCACCGUGCCGCUGCGCCGCCUGCUGCUGCCCCUCAUCUUCAGGAACCUGGAGCUCCAGUGUCUGGACGCUGACGACGCCAAGGCCACCUUCGACGAGGAAGACGGACAGGACGAAUAUGAUGAGGUGCCCAUGCCUGUCUGAGGGGAGGGGCCAGGGCCCCCUCCGCCACCCCCUUCCACACUCCCCCAGGAAAACCUGAAGUUCACGGACACCUCCCGGCUUCCCAGACUCCUCCUGGGGCAGCAGCUGAGGCCCGGAGGCUGUGGGGAGGGGAUACAGGGGUGUCUGGGAAAUCUUCCCCAAUGGGUAGAAUGGCCACUUUAGGGGGUCUGCUAUGCAGUCCCUCCUGCUGCCACACUGAGGAAACCCUGUGCUGGAGAACAUAGACCUGGGCCCAACUCCUGUGGCACAUACGGAGCAGCAGUGAGGGUGACGUGGGGGCGCUCCAGCCCCUGCAAGCUGUGUGGCCGCGGGCAGCCCCUCGCCCCCUGCUGUAAAGCAGGUCCACUGGUGAUGACAGCGGGUCCAGCACGGUGGCUGAGGACCUCGGAUAAAUGUGAAAAGGGGUUUGUAAACCCUGAAAGGCCACAGUGCAGUCGGCGUCACUCAUCUGCACCUGCCACGCAGCUCCCGAGCCCCGCCCUGGGCUUCAGACCAGUCUCCUGACUCCA